AUAAGAGCAGGUCCGGUCUAAACUCUAAACCCUAGAACUCGUACCCAGAUCUCUUCUCUUUGCGCAAACACUCAUCAUUUGCUCAGAUUUCGUUACCCACCCUCUCGAUCAAGCCUCAUCAAGAAUAUCAAUCUGUUCUUCCAAUGGCCGGUCAGAGGAAUACUCAUGGCAAGCGAACCCAUUAUCAGUCCGACUAUUCUGAUAAUGGAGGAAGUAAAAGGAGAAAUCCUGGUGACGAUAGAGACCAAUUUGUCAUAGAUUCAGAAGAUACUGUUUACCGGUAUUUGUGCCCUGUAAAGAAGAUUGGAAGUGUUAUUGGUAGGGGAGGGGACAUUGUCAAGCAGUUGAGGACAGACACUAAGUCGAAGAUUAAGAUUGGUGAGACAGUGCCGGGGUGUGACGAACGUGUUGUUACUAUCUACAGCUCCAGUGAUGAGACUAAUGCCUUUGAAGACAGUGGUGAUUAUGUUUGUCCAGCACAGGAGGCUCUUUUCAAGGUGCAUGACAGAGUUGUUGCCGAAGAUUCCCACGGUGAUGAGGAGUCUGAUGGUGGUCAACAAGUUACUGCUCGGCUUCUUGUUCCAUCUGAUCAGAUUGGUUGUAUUAUCGGAAAAGGUGGACAGAUUGUUCAGAAUAUUCGUAGUGACACUGGAGCACAAAUUCGCAUUCUCAAGGAUGAACAUUUGCCUCCUUGUGCUAUGAGCUCUGACGAGCUUGUACAGGUAUCUGGGGAAUCCCUGGUUGUGAAAAAGGCUCUGCAUCAAAUCGCAUCUCGCCUUCAUGAUAAUCCAUCUCGAUCUCAGCACUUGCUUACUUCUACUGCGCCCAAUAUGUAUGCAUCCGGUGGUUCACUUAUGGGACCAACUUCUGGUGCCCCAAUUGUGGGCAUAGCUCCGCUGAUGGGCCCUUACGGAGGAAGCUACAAGGGUGAUACUGGAGACUGGUCACGCUCCUUAUACUCAGCUCCCAGGGAUGAGGCAUCUUCAAAAGAAUUUUCUCUUCGUCUUGUUUGUCCCACUGGCAACAUUGGAGGUGUGAUUGGCAAGGGUGGUGUCAUAAUCAAUCAGAUCAGACAGGAUUCUGGGGCAGCCAUUAAAGUAGAUAGUUCGACCGCUGAAGGAGAUGACUGCUUAAUAACAAUUUCAGCAAAGGAGUUCUUCGAAGACUCAUAUUCUCCCACCAUAGACGCAGCUGUGCGUUUGCAACCAAGGUGCAGUGAGAAAGUUGAAAGAGAUUCAGGAGUUGUCUCGUUCACGACCCGCCUACUUGUCCCUACUUCACGAAUUGGCUGUCUUAUUGGCAAAGGAGGAGCUAUUGUAACUGAGAUGAGGAGACUGACCAAAGCUAAUAUUCGCAUACUCUCAAAAGAGAACCUUCCCAAAGUUGCAUCCGAAGAUGAUGAGAUGGUGCAGAUUUCUGGAGACCUUGAUAUUGCCAAGGAUGCACUUGUACAAGUAGUGACACGAUUGAGAGCUAAUCUUUUUGAUAGAGAGGGUGCAGUGUCUGCGUUUCUUCCAGUUUUACCUUAUCUGCCUGUCUCAGCAGAAGGUUCUGAUGGUUUAAGUUAUGAAAGUAGAGAUAGUAAAAGACAUGGUCGUGGGCCUUCUUAUUCUGGUGGUUAUGGUGGCUCGAGCGAUUUGGCAGCAGCUGACAGUUAUGGAAGUUAUGGUGGUUCGCAGAUUGGAGGCGGUGCUUAUGGAGCUUAUGGUGGUUAUUCUUCAGGGCGUACUGGUAGCUCUGGGAUGUCAGGCCAGACCCCUUCUUCUCGUCGGAGAAACUAUGGUUACUAGUGUUUUCUGAUUGGUACCUGAAGCUGAAAUGUAUGAAGCCUGAAGCCAGCCUACUGCCUAAACUGGAAGACCAGAUGAACCAGGAUUUGACAUUCUUCUGGCCUACCUUGACGCUUCUAUUUAGAGUGGAGAUCUUCUACACAUUUAGAUCUGCCUUUUCCAUGUUACCAAAUUUCCCAAGCUCAAUGUCUUGUGCACGCACCCAAGAACCUAUAUAUCCGGAUUGCCUUUUUUCUGCAUUUUUUUCCAGUUCACAUUUCAUUAAACUGAAAACCUUGUUGCUUCCAGCCUCUAGUAGUUGUAUUAGUGUUGGAUUUAUUUACCUGACAGUUCUCAGCUAUGCAGCCUGAUCUUUGUGCUUUUUAAUUUA